AUGGAUCAACAGGACGGUCCUUCGCCAACAGACAUUGUAAAACGGACGACCAAGCGCAUUAGACGAGCUGCGUCUACAGAAAUAGAGUUGGAACCUACCGACAAUGUCCGAGGCGAAACGGUUGGUGGCGAGGGGGUGAAGGCGUUGCUCGUGAGGGUGCUGGAAGAGCUGAAGGAUCUCAAGAACGCCUCCGUUGAGCAACAGAAAGUGUUGGAGUUGCAGGAACGGAUGAGCGGAGAAGUGGGUGCGCUUAAAGGAAAGAUAACCGGCCAAAGUGACACAAUUUUGAGCCAGACCAACCAAAUUAGCAAACAGGGACAAUUGAUUCGGGAACUCCAGACCCAAUUGAACGAAUUGAAGGAGGAAUUCAGCCGGGAGACCAAGGAAGCGCGAGCGGAACUUCAGAACACCAAGGAAGAGCUAAUGCAUGUCUGGGAACAGUUGGAGGCUAUCAAAUCUGCCGCAACCUCGGCGCAAAGCAGCCCGCAAGCAACGUACGCAGACAUUGCGCGAACACCGCCUCUAAGUCAGCCAACGAACAUUCGGUCUCUGUCAUCGAUGCGGACAACACCAUCAUCGUUCACGGACAUUCUACACUGUACGGUCGACACGUCGCGUGUCAUAGAACAAGACAAGCAUAAAGCCAAAGUUGGCGAGAUCAGGCAAGCAAUUGAGGCGGAUCUGAGGGCCAAGGAAGGACACGAGAAGUGGCGAUGUGCCGCAGCGGUCAAAGAUGCCAGGAACCCAAAUCGGAUCAAGGUCAUUUGCCGGGAUGAAGCUGAGCUGCAACUAGUAAAGGCCGCUGCUGAGAAGACUCUGGUUCCAGGAACACGAGUGAUGAGAGAUCAGCUCUACCCCGUCAAAGUAGACAACGCCAACCGCACGGCUGUACUGGAUGGCGAAGGAAAUGUGCUUCCGGGCGCUGCUGAGGGUCUUGGAGCGGAAGACAACGUCACCAUUGCGAAGGUUUCUUGGCUUAGCAACAGAAACUUGGGCAAGGCAUACGGCUCAAUGGUCAUUUACGUUACGAAAGGAAGUGACGCCAAGCGGCUAAUCGAUGGUCAAUACUUUGACUUGGCUGGUGAAUCAGCUUACACAAACGUAUUUGAGCCCCGAGUCGGACCGGUGCAGUGCUUCAAGUGUCAAGAGAUGGGUCACAAAGCUUUUUCAUGCAAGAAACCGCAGACAUGUGGCAGGUGCGCACAGCAGGGGCACGACCACAAACAGUGCCAGGCGGUAGAACCAAAAUGUGUGCCGUGUGGAGGACCACAUGAAUCGUUCAGCCCGAACUGUCGAGUACGCAACCCCCCGCGUGAUGCAUAA